GAAGCGGUAUGACGUCACGGAAACGUAUCGACCAAUGGCGUGGAUGGGUUCUGCGCAUGGCUGGUGGAGGCUUGCGAAGGCGAUGGCGCUUGGAACCAGUCCGGGCCUGCCGCGACCAGGUGUGCCAAGCUACCGCCAUCACAAUUUUAAGAGCACACCAUGAGCGGCAACUGAACCAAAACAAAUACAUAUCAAACCAUGCACUGAUAGCUUAACCAAACAAACUAUACUAGGCUAGUUACAAGAGUUUACGUGGGGGGCGCCCCCUGGUGAAAGUGGAGGAGGAAGGCGCGCUGUUGGGGCGGCUGCAGGCGCUGCGGGGGACGGCGUCGCCGGCGCGCGUGGCCAGCUCCAUCCGCGGGUACCUGACCAACAAGGUCGGGUCGCUGCACCUCGGGGACUCAGGUUCCGAAGUCCCGAAGGGUCGCGUCGGAGGCGGGGCCAAUGAUCACUGAGAAACGCAGACACGAGUCGACAGGACGGGGACUCGGGCCCCUCCGAAUAUGGUAACAGAUCCUCGCGACACACAUUGUAUUUAGCCGAACUGUGAGAAACCUUCAAGAUGGCUGAGGGACCGCAAUCGAUAUGGCAAAAGAUCGACAGCACCACCAUCCCCAUGGUCAACCUGGAGGUGAAAGAAGUGCGGGAGAUAAUUUGGGAGAAGACUCAGGAGCCGAGCGCGCAGAGAAAGAUUAUCCUGGUUAUCGUGUCUAUAGCGCUGCUCUUAGACAACAUGUUGUACAUGGUUAUUGUACCGAUCAUCCCCGACUACCUGCGCUACAUCGGCGCGUGGGGCGAGGCGGGCUACGACCACGUCGUCACCCUCGACCCCAUCAUAGAAGGCAACCGCACCAUCAUUCCGACCAAAAUCAUACCGGCGUCGCACGAGGGCCAAGACUCCGCCACAGGCGUGCUCUUCGCUUCAAAAGCGAUCGUUCAGCUCAUGAUCAACCCGUUUUCUGGUGCCUUAAUCGAUCGUAUAGGAUACGAUGUGCCUAUGAUGAUCGGGCUCAUUAUAAUGUUCUUGUCUACGUCGAUAUUCGCGUGCGGUCGGAGCUACAGCAUGCUGUUCUUCGCGAGGAGUCUGCAGGGGGUGGGUUCCGCGUUCGCGGACACGGCAGGUCUGGCGAUGAUUGCCGACAGGUUUACAGAGGAGCAGGAACGGUCUAAGGCCUUGGGUAUCGCUCUCGCUUUCAUCAGCUUCGGAUGUCUCGUCGCUCCACCUUUCGGAGGAGCACUCUAUCAGUUUGCGGGAAAAGAAGUACCAUUUUUAAUCCUGGCUCUGAUUUCACUUCUUGACGGAUUUAUGUUAUUACUUGUGAUGAAGCCGCUCAAAACGCAAAUAAAGGAAGCCAACCAGCCGAAAGUGGCCGGCACACCGAUCUGGAAACUUCUCAUGGACCCAUAUAUCGCCGUCUGCGCCGGCGCGCUGAUGAUGUCUAACGUGGCCUUGGCUUUCCUCGAGCCAACGAUCUCCUUCUGGAUGGAAGAUAACCUCACUAAAGAUAACUGGAAAAUCGGUAUGAUAUGGUUGCCGGCGUUCUUCCCGCACGUGCUCGGUGUGAUUAUAACGGUCAAGAUGGCGAGAAAGUACCCUCAACACCAGUGGUUGAUGGCGGCGGGUGGGUUAGCACUCGAAGGCUUGUGCUGCUUCAUCAUCCCAUUCGCUAGUUCAUACAAGAUGCUGAUGAUCCCAAUCUGCGGAAUAUGCUUUGGAAUAGCGUUGAUUGACACAGCUUUGCUCCCAAUGCUAGGGUACUUAGUGGAUGUGCGCUAUGUUUCCGUAUAUGGAAGUAUUUACGCCAUCGCCGACAUCUCGUACUCGUUCGCGUACGCCGUUGGCCCGAUUAUCGCCGGUGAGGUGGUAGAAGCGAUCGGCUUCACAGCACUCAACCUGUUCAUCGCAUUCAGUAAUCUCAUGUACGCGCCAGUGCUCAUGUACCUGCGGCACAUCUACGACUUCAAGCCGUUCGAGAACGAAGCCAACAUAUUAAUGGCAGACCCGCCCGACAAAGAGUACCAGACGUACAGCCUGCAGGAGCAGCGACCAGUGAAUGGUGACUAUAAGAAUCAUCUGGAGUACUCGAACGUAGGUGGAGAGCAGGUGCAGGAGACCAGCGUAGACGCGGGCAACUACUCUUACGACCAAUCGUAUCAGCAGGGUGGGUACCAGAACAACCAGGGUUAUAGCCAGGGUUAUGACCAGCAGCAACAGCAAGGCUAUCAGCAGGAGUAUCAACAACAGGAGUACAAUCAGCCGCGGCAGCUGCCGUCGCAGCCGCCGGCCUCGAACCCAUUCCGAGCGGCCCCCGCCGCGCCGGCCGCCCCCGCCGGACCGGCCCCGGUUAAGAACCCCUUCCGGCAAGGCUUCUAGAGCCCUCAUUCGGUGUUGUUGUCUUUUUUGAAUUUACUUGUUGUGUAAUUAUAAUAUUUGGGUAUAACUUCGAUCACUGAGCCGCGGCGGCGGCGGUUGUUUCGUGUCUGACUAGAUGUCUAUCAUAGCUGUGCUUGUAAUAAAUAACGUAUUGUAGAUAAAUUUUACGCUGCUCGCCUCGUCGCGUCCGAGACCCCGUCUUUUACCAAA